CAGGCAUUUUUGAAAGUCUCCAGCUUUAGAACAUUGAGGUCGGUACCGGCUUUGGUCGCUCUGCACUUGGGUCCAUCCAUCCAUCCAUCCGUGCCAUUCAUCUUUUCGCAGAGAGAGUCUGCCAGACAUUGUGCUUUGCAGGUGGGAACCCCAACGUGGCACGGGGUGGGGCGAGGGGGUCUGGCCAGUACUGGAUCUUGGAUCCACGCAGGAAGGUGUGUAUGACUGCAGAGAGCAGACAGGGUCGGAGGCAGGUGUCCUAUGAUGCUAUCAGAGUUGGGGGAGCCAGAAAACCCAGCGCUUCAUUGCCGAGUGGCCCUAGAAGAGCUGAGCCCCGGCGGUCAGCCCAGGAGGCGGCAGGCCAUCAAGGAUGCUGAGCUCAGCUUGGGCCGAAAUGAGCGGAGGGAACUGAUGCUGCGCCUUCAGGGGACAGGUCAGUCCCGCUGCUUCCCCCUUCGUACCGCUAGACUUUUUACCCGCUUUGCAGCAGUUGGCCGCAGCGCUCUUCGGCUCAGCCCUGACUCUGACGCCGGCCUCAGCUCAGGUUCCAUCCAGCUGCUGCUGUCUGACUGCCCACCAGAUAGGCUGCGGCGCUUCCUGCGGACCGUGCGCCUUAAACUGGCCACUGCCCCCGGCCCUGGGCCUGCCCCCUUCCGAUCCCGCCUGCUCGGUCCCCGACCUCAGGCCUUCUAUACCAUCAGUCCCAUCCAACCUGAGGACCUGAAGCUGGUGGCAGCCACUGCAACGCAGGACACAACCCCUGUGAAGCGGCCCUGUCUCCAGGAGAUCAGAGGCCAGACUGGCAAGGCAUCUUCCACCAAGAGCACAGUACCUAGGCAUCGUCUCCAGCUUCCCUCCCCCAAACCCCAGCUCUCCCCGGAGCAGGCCCGGGUGCUGAGCGCUGUGCUGAGCGGCAAGAGCAUCUUCUUCACUGGAAGUGCAGGAACAGGGAAAUCAUACCUGCUGAAGAGGAUCCUUGGCUCCCUUCCCCCAAAGGGCACUGUGGUCACUGCCAGCACCGGGGUGGCUGCCUGCCACAUUGGGGGUACCACCCUCCAUGCCUUUGCAGGCAUUGGUUCAGGAAAGGCCCCUCUCGCGCAGUGCGUGGCUCUGGCACUGAGACCCAGCAUCCGGCAGAGUUGGGCGAGCUGUCAGCGACUUGUCAUCGAUGAAGUCUCCAUGGUGGAGGCAAGUCUGUUUGAUAAGCUGGAAGCGGUGGCCAGAGCUAUUAGACAGCAGGAUAAGCCCUUUGGGGGGAUUCAGCUCAUCAUUUGUGGAGACUUCCUACAGCUGCCGCCAGUGACCAAAAACAACCAGCCCCCCCAGUUCUGCUUCCAGGCAAAAAGCUGGAGGAAAUGUAUCCAGUUGACCAUGGAGCUGACUGAGGUGUGGAGACAGACAGACCAGACUUUUAUCUCCCUUCUACAAGCUGUGCGACUGGGCAGGUGCUCAGAUGAGGUGACCCAGAAGCUAAAGGCCACAGCCAGACACAAAGUAGAGCGUGAUGGGAUUCUGGCCACAAGACUCUGUACCCACCAGGAUGAUGUGGCGUUGACCAACGAGCGGAGGCUGCAGCAGCUGCCUGGCCAAGUCCACAGCUACGAAGCUGUAGAUAGCGACCCCAGCAUGGUCAGGACCCUUGAUUCCCAGUGCCCAGUGAGUCAUCUCCUGCAGCUAAAGCUGGGAGCCCAGGUGAUGCUGGUGAAGAACCUGGCAGUAUCUCAGGGCCUGGUAAACGGAGCACGGGGCGUCGUGGUCGGAUUCGAAGCAGACGGGAGAGGGCUUCCCACCGUGAAAUUCCUAUGUGGCGUCACAGAGGUCGUCCGGACCGAGCGGUGGACUGUGCAUGGCCCUGGUGGCCAGCUCCUCAGCAGGCAGCAGUUGCCCCUCCGGCUAGCCUGGGCUCUGUCCAUUCACAAGAGUCAGGGCAUGACUCUUGACUGUGUGGAGAUUUCACUGGCCCGAGUGUUUGAGAGUGGCCAGGCCUAUGUGGCCCUCUCUCGGGCCCGGAGUCUACAGGGGCUGCGGGUGCUGGACUUUGACCCCAAUGUGGUCCGGUGUGACCCUCGGGUACUGAAGUUCUAUGCCUCUCUCCGCAAGCAGGCUUAUCUGAAUGAGGAUGAAGAGGAUCCAGAACAGGAGAAUAAGGACCCUGACAUCUGAGUCCCUGCGCCCAAAGGGCAGAAAGUCCUACCUCACUCUACCUGUAAGGCCUUGAACAAGGCACUUCACUCUGGGUCUCAGUCUCAUCUGUAAACUGAAGGCUUUGCACUUACUGGCCUCUGAGGUCCCUUUCAGCCUUGGAUCUUUGAUCUCGCAAGGAUUGUAUGUGUGUCUCCCUUUCAUUCUCAGGGGAGAGUCUCCCAGAUAUCCUCCCCUUCUGUUCAUCUCUGGGCUGGGGGGGACUGUGCCUGCUACUACCUCAAUCUUCCCUCUGUGCAGGGUGGAGCCCUUACCCCACUACCUUGGCUACCAGAGCAUGGACUUUCAUCCUGAAUUGGUUAUCUUUGUCUUCCAAUCAGAGGUCACACCUUUCUAUGAUCUUUUCACUUCCAUAAUUCCCAGGAUGGGUGGGGAGCCCAGGGAGAGGUUCUCUUCCUCUUGGAAAACUGUAACUCAAUUUUCUCUUCCCAUAUUCAUUCCUAUGGGCCACAAGUAAGCUCUAAUUCAGAGGUACUUAACUUGGGGGUCCAGGAAUUUGGUGGCUCAGUGGAUUGAGAGCCAAGAGCAGAGAGGGAAGGUCCUGGGUUCAAAUAUGACUUCAGCUAUGUCCCAACUGUGUAUAUCUGGGCAAGCCAUUUAUCUCCCAUUCCUCUUACCACUCUUACCUGCCUUGGAACCAAUACUUAGUAUUGAUUCUCAAAUUAAAUGAAAGGAUUUUUUGUGUUUUUUUAAAUGUAUAAUUUUAUUUUAUUUUAUUGGUUAUAUAUUUUAUUUUACAAGUUACAUGUAAUAACAAAUUUUCACAUAAGUUUUCUGAAUUUAUAUGAUCCAAAUUGUCUUCCUCCUUCCCUUCUCUUUCCUUUCCCAGAGCUGACAAACAACUUGAUCUGGGUUUUUACAUAUACAUAACAUGCAAUAUACCUGGGUUUUGUGUAUAUACACACACACACACACACACACACACACACACAUAUCAUGUAAUAUAUUAUUCUACAUAAUAUAUUAUCAUGCAAAACAUUUCCAUAUUGUUCAUUUUUGUAAAAGAAUAAUCAAAUAAAAACAAAACCCCAAAAUAAACAAAAAGUGAAAAAUAGUAUGCUUUGAUAUGCAUUCUGAUUCCAACAUUUCUUUCUCUUGAUGUGGAGAGCAUUCUUUAUCAUAAGUCCCUCAAAAUUGUCGUAGAUCAUCAUAUUUGCUGAGAGUAGCUAAGUCUUUCUCAGUUGAUCAUCAUAUAAUAUUUUUGUUACUGUGAACAGUGUUCUCCUGGUUCUGCUUAUUUCACUCUGCAUCAGUUCAUGAAGGUCUUUCUGAAGUCAUCCAGUUCAUCAUUCCUUAUAGCACAAAAGCAUUCCAUCACCAUCAUAUACCACAAUUUGCUCAGCCAUUUCUCAAUUGAUGAGCAUCCCCUCAAUUUCCAAAUCUUUGCCACCACAAAAAGAGCAGCUAGAAAUAUUUUGUCAAACAGGUCCAUUCCCUUUUUUUAAAUCUCUUUGGGAUACAGGCUUAGUAGUGGUAUUACUAGAUCAAAGAGUAUGCAUUGUUCUAAAGCCCUUUUAGGCAUAAUUCCAAAUUGUCUUCCAGAAUGGUUGGAUCAGUUCACAACUCCACCAGCAAUGCAUUAAUGUCCAAAUUUUGCCACAUUCCCCCUCCAACAUUUAUCAUUUUCCUGUCAUAUUGGCUACUCUGAUAAUAAGUGUAAGAUGGUACUUCAGAGUUAUUUUAAUUUACAUUUAUCAAUAGUGAUUUAGAUCCACUUCAGCUUUGACGCAGUAGGUAGCGCAUCAGUCUCAAAAGCUGAAGGUCCUGAGUUUGAUCCUUGGAAGGAGGGUGUGAUAUACUGGGAAAGGCUUCUGGAGACAAAAGAGCUACUUGACUUUGGAUGGGGUCUACCUCCCACCUGAAGUGGAUUUCUAUUGUCUGGCAAAGUGGAACCUUAUUACUCUAAAUGAACAUCCUAGUGCAAACAACAUCGUUGAAAAAGGUUCUGAUCAAGGACACAAGUAAUACCCAAUGAAAUUGUGCAUUGGCUGCGGGAAGGGGGGGUGGAGGGGAGGAAGGGAAAUAAAGUGAAUAUUGUAACCAAAAAAAUAAAAUAA